CUCCCAGGGGUCGAUGGUCAUUCAUUGAGUGCAACUAUCGCUUAUCAGGACGGUUUAUGAUUGUGGGCUUGCUGCAAAGGCUAUCGGGGAAGCUUCCAAGCGUUGUGCACAGGAUUAGUGUGAUGAUGAAGCCGCAGGUUGUGUUUGUUUUGGGCGGGCCUGGCGCGGGGAAAGGGACACAAUGCGCGAGAAUUGUGGAGAACUACAGCUACACUCACCUGUCUGCCGGAGACCUCCUGAGAGAGGAGCGCAGCCGCACGGGCUCAGAGUUCGGUCAGCUCAUUGACAGCUACAUCAAAGAGGGCAAGAUCGUCCCCGUUGAAAUCACCAUCAACUUGCUGAAAAAGGCAAUGGAACAGACUAUGAAAGCUGAUGAGAAGAAGUUUCGCUUUCUUAUUGACGGUUUUCCACGUAACCACGACAACCUACAGGGGUGGACCACUGUCAUGGACGGGAAGGCAGAUGUCAAGUUUGUUCUUUUCUUUGACUGCGGUAAUGAGGUUUGCAUUGAUAGAUGUUUAGAGCGGGGGAAGAGCAGCGGACGGUCUGAUGAUAACAGAGAAAGUCUAGAGAAGAGGAUCCAGACGUACCUCCAGUCCACACGGCCCAUUAUAGAGCAGUACGAGAAGCAAGGGAAGGUGCGCACGAUUGAUGCCUCCCGGUCAGUGGAUGAGGUGUUUGCAGAUGUGAAGAACGUUCUGGAUAAAGAAGGCUAAACAUGUUCAUAGCAAAAAUCCAAAUUCUUUCAAAUUAAGGUGUCUGUUUAUUGAUGUCGGCAGUGCUAUGCCUUCUCCAUAUUCGAUAUAUACGUUUUUACUCAUUCUACAGUAAAAUAGGGUUUGUUUGCUUUUUUUAGACGUGAGAGAGUGUGCUUAUAUCCAUGUUUGUUAGUCUGAAAGAAAAACACUUGUUUACUUGCUCAAUAUUGCAUUGAAGAGGAACAAUAUUUCAGUUAAGCUUGAGCAAUAACGCUCAGGGCGCUACUAUAGGAACAAAACAUGCACGCAUCUGCUCUUAACUUGAAGAUUAUAUGUGUGAGAUGCUUAGAAAUGUCUACCAUUCAGUGUAUAAAACACAUUUAGAUAUAAGCCAAGAAUAGGUUGGAAAAUGCUUCUGCACUUAACCAUUUCAUUCUCCAAACAAAUGUGCGAUUAUAAAUGACCAACAGGAAGUAAGAGUAUUUUAGUAGAUUUCAAGACCUGUUUUUGUUAUGAAUGGUGACACGUUUCUCAUUGUUUUGCAUAGUAAUCCACAGCAGGUUCUGAGGACCUAUUGCUGGCUACCCAAGAAUUGAGAAUUCAGUUUUAGCUGUACAUUUUCUUUUAUCAUAAUGGCUGCUGUAUUCCAAACACGUGCCAUCUUUGCUCAGGCAGUAGAUUUUAAGAUGUUGGGAAUGGGGGCUCAUGUUUUUAUUUGAUUGUUUCAGCGCCUUUGGGGGUCGUUUGUGAAAAAAAAACUGAAUUUGCCAUAGUGAUGUGACGGUUCAAUCUGUGUCCGUAAAUAAUAUAAAAUAGUAUAUGAUUUAUCAAGGAUGACAGAACCCGCUGAAGAAAAUGUUUUCUGACUCUUCCAGUCGAAUGCUUCAUUUGAAUUUUGUAAGAUUCUUACCUCGAUAUUUUAAAGGUCUGCACUACAGGACAAAAGCCUACCUGAGGUAAAUGCUAGCUUCAUGUGGCAGGCAAUAGGCUAUGCAUCAUCAAUUUCUUUUGUUCACAUGAAAUAAAUUGAAAAUGUCAAAAAAGAAA